AUGGCCACAUCCGCGCGACUUCUUGACAACGCGAUGAAGAACCUGGGGAAGGAAGUGGAGCUCAAAGAUUUAGGAGAGCCCACCUACAUCUUGGGUAUAGAAGUAAAACACGACAAACUCCGCAAGACGUUGACCAUCAACCAGAGGAAAUACGUCGACGAAAUUUUGAAAAGUUUUAACAUGGAAGACAGCAAACAAGUAAAAACACCGAUAGAGGUAGGACGAAGCGCAACGACCGAAGAAACGUCCGAGAACAUCUCCGACCCCAACGUCCCAUACAAAAACCUCAUAGGCAACCUGAUGUAUUUAGUUCAGGGUACUCACCCUGACAUCGCCUUCGCAGCGAAUUUCCUAAGUCAGUUUAACUCAAACUACACGCAACACCACUGGCGGAUGGCAAAGAGAAUACUCCGGUACCUCAAGGGGACGCGGAAUGCUGGAAUAACUUACACCGCCUGCAAAGAACCGUUAGUCGGGUUCAGCGACGCCAGCCGGAACGAGUACAACACUGGGAGGUCCAGAAGCGCCUAUGUUUACACCUUGUCCAAAGGAGCGAUCAGCUGGCGAUCAGCGAAGCAACAACUUGUGGCGUUGUCGACAUGCGAAGCCGAAUACAUUGCGCUCACAGAAGCCAUGAAAGAAGGCAAAUGGCUGAAAACACGUCUGACGGAGCUUGGGUUCGACCAGUACGGAACCUGA